CAAGUUUCAGAAUUCUCUUGAAAAUAAAGAAAAUAUAUAAAAUAUAAUAACAGGUCAGAUGUUCUAUCUCAUAUGUGCUGAAUUCUCUCUUCCAUAGCAGGGGAGGAAAAAAACACUAAAUCUCAUUCGAGUGAUAACACAACAAAGAUGGAUGUUCAUUCUGCAGUCGAGACCUUUCUCCUUCAUCUUCUGCUUGUUCUUUGCAUUCGUGGAAGUGGAGGAGCUAGGGAGAUGACUAUUCCUAUGCAAAACAGCAACGUCUUGAGACUUCCGAGCAUGGAUCAUCAGGUUCAUGCUCAUGCUCAUGCUAAUUCCAAGUCGUCUCAUAUGGACCAUAUGGACCCUUCGUUGAUAGUGUUUUUCACCUUGAAUGAUCUUAAAGUAGGCAAGAAAAUGCCAAUCUUUUUUCCAAUGAAAGAUUCUUCAACUUCUACAUUGUUACCUAGGGACGAAGCAGAUUCCAUUCCUUUUUCAUCCAAACAACUCCCACAUCUCCUUCAAUUCUUUUCUUUCUCUGAAGAUUCUCCUCAAGCCAAAGCCAUGCAAAACACACUCAGAGAAUGCGAGGUUAAACCCAUUAAAGGAGAAACUAAACAUUGUGCUACAUCUGCAGAAUCCAUGCUUGAUUACGUACGUGAAACCCUUGGAUUAAACACCCAAUUCGAAGUUUUAUCUACAACCCACAUCAUCAAAUCAAGUACCCUUUUAGACAAUUAUACUAUCUUAGAAGAACCUAAGGAGAUACCAGUUCCAAAGAUGGUGGCAUGCCAUACCCUGCCAUAUCCUUAUACUGUUUUCUAUUGCCAUAGCCAACAGACGGAGAACAAGGUGUUCGUAGUUUCAUUAGCAGGCGAGCAUGGAGGAAGAGUGGAUGCCGUUGCUGUUUGUCAUAUGGACACUUCUCAAUGGAGUCGUGAUCAUGCAUCGUUUCGCGUGCUUGGGAUUGAACCAGGAUCAUCCCAUGUUUGCCAUUUCUUUCGAGGAGAUAAUUUUGUGUAUGUUCCUACCAUGCCUAUGAUCCAACAGAGUAUCUAACUGUAUUUGCUAUCAGCUUCAUAGCCAUAGUAUACUACUUUGUGCUGAUGUCCCUCUGCAAAAUUUGUGCCAAUAAGAAUGAAGACAGAAUAAUGCCGUUUCUA